CACGGCGCCACCAUUGAGAGUGAGGCGGGAGUAGGAGCAGCACAUCCCGAACCGGAGAGAGCGUCGGACGUGGCGUCCCAAAGACACGCACGUUAAAAAAAAACAAAAACAAAAAAAAAACAAAAAAAACAAAACACAAACACUAAACACAAGAGGAGGAAUUACUAACGCGACCCUUUUUUGGUUGUUGUCAAACCGAUGGAUUUUGGUUGACAUCAAUUUUUUUAAAGCGCAAAAUACACCAAAUAUCAUAUUGGUGUCCUCCUCUGUUUGCUCAGUUAAUGAGUGCGUGUCUGUCAGUGUACAAGUGUCUAAGUGAGUGCGUGUAGCAUCAAGGCGAUUUGCAAUUCCAUCGGAAUCAUCCAUUAACGGAGAAAGAGAAGAAAAAUUAAGGACAUCAAAUCCGUUCAACAGUUUGCAUUAGCUCCCGUUGUAAUGCUAUAGCUGCAGCCGGCCAGUGUAUUUUAUUAUUUUUUUUUUAUUCUUUUUUUUUUUUCCGUGCGUGCGCGCGCGCGUCCAACUUAUCACCGCGCCCGCCUGUUCGCCGCGCAACGCCGAUCCCGACUCGAAUGCACCAAAGAGAUCCAGCGGAAGAAAAAUAGAAGGAGCGCGGGAGAUUCCGUCCCUUCGCCGUUCCUAACUCCCCACCCCAUCCAUUCCCCCUGUUGACCGCGAGGGAGCGUGAGUGCUGAUUGUGUGUGUGUGUGUGUGUGUAUGCUUAUGUGCAGUGUCCUAUAGCAAAGCGGGAGUGUGCGUGUACGUGUAUGUGUAUACUAGCUGGGUGGGGAGGGGAGGGCGGCUGAGCAUUCCGUCAGUCAUUUCAUUCUAUGGUAGUCAUCGCCCAAGUCAGUCCGUCUGUUCUAGCCCGUGCUUGGGGUCCACUCUCGUUUCACGCUGCGGUGACGGCGGCGGCAGCCAGAAAAAAGGGGCCAGCCUUUUGUUGGGAUCACGGAACGAAAACUGGGACCCGAAGGUGGCGCGGCGCAGGCAUCCUGAGUUCCUUGGCUACCGAUCAAUACAGUUGAAGAGUGGAAGAAGGAAGUAAUAGACGGAGUACAAGAAGAAGAAGAAGAAAAAAAAAAAAAAAAGGGAAAGGAAACAAGGAAGGAAUAGAAGCUGACUGAGUUCGCUACAGUCACGGACCUCCCGACGGGGAGACAUGCACACACAAAAGACAACAACAAACGAAACAAACAAAAUAAAACGAAUGAGAGAAGGCUGAGAGUAGAGACAAAAAGGAUAAGAGACACUCUAAGAAAAGAGGGAAAGAGCAAAGAAGAAGAAAAUAUCACCGUCAUUCCCUUCGUAAAGGCAGAAAGAAGGAAAAAAACCAAAAAAAACAGGGAAAGGCACAACAUACCAGCGUGAGCCGUACACGUUGUGUGGAAUGGCAUAGCGUCUGGAACGGGAACAAAUCGACGCCAUCCAAUUUCAUUUGUAUUUUUUGUCUUCACCUGGAUCCUGAAAAAGUAGAGAAUAAACGCAAAUACUCGAAGAAAUCAAGUAGGAAAAGUGAACAUCCAUUUUUUGCCCGUCAUCAUUCCUCGUGCACCGAUAGCAGAAAUCGGUACCGGAUUUCACCGCCUUCAUCUCCACCCUACCCGUAAAGCUGACGACUGUGAAUUCAAAGAAAUCGAGACAAAAAACUAACAAAUCUAAGAGCUGGAAAAGAAAAGAGGCAUAACGUGCGUGAGGGCCAGUUCUCGUGCACGAUUACUUCAUGUUGUGUUGUGUCUGUGAGGCCGUGUGUGUGUGUAUAUGUGCGUGAGUGUGUGCAUUGCUGUGUGUCGACCCUGCCCACUUCGACUGGGGAGUUCUAUAUCGGGCGUGUUGUUACACACACACACACACACCCAACAUCGUUCUACUUAACCGCCAGCGCGACCACUGCCGACGCCAAACUCUUUGUAUGACUGGAGAGGAAAAAGCCGCAGUUGGCAAGGCCACGCAGGGCUACCACGAGUCCCAACAAACUGCAAAACAGGAUCGGGGAGAGGAGACGUCGCCGUGGAAUAUGGCGUCCAAGACGGAAGCCUUCGCCACCGGUGAAAGUUACCGGGAAUGUUUAGUCACAACAACAACAACAAUGAGCAGUGCGGAACAAGUCACAGUGACAAGUACAAAGACAACAGUAGCAAUGGAAACGCCAGAUUUGGCGGCCGUGUCGUCAUCGUCAGCAACGCAGCCAACGCCUUCAUCACCGUCGACGACAGUCGCGACCAUAGCGGGUGGUCACGUCGUUUCGACCGUCACGCAAGCAACGCCACUGUCCGCCAGUGGCAGCGACAACAGUUUCGACGGAUCGAAGACGGCCAGUGCUCCGCAACAGGAUCUGCCGUGCGCGAAAGCCUCGCCCAAGAAAGUCAUCAACGAAUUGUCGCCAAAAUCAGUUGGGACCAAUCAGAACAGCAGCGGUAGCCGGGGUAGUGGCAAAGCAAUGAGGAAUAACGCCAGCAGCGGAGCUGGUAAAGAAGCGCUGAAACAGCGAAAGUCAGCGGAAGGCAGCACCGGAUCCAAUCCGAUCCAUCAUAUAGCGGCAUCCGGUAGCCCGGCUCGUCAUGGGACAAGUGAAGGCGGAAGUGCGGGCGCAACGACGGCCACCGAAACUGGCCGGAGAACGUCAACGGGCGCGCCUACCAACAGCGGUAGCAAUAGGAACACGACCAAGCCCUGUUGUUUCUGCUGGUGUUGCUGCUACAGAUGCACAUGCCUGUCAUCCAGGAACCAAGACGAGGAGAUGAGCAAAUCCAAAGACAUCACCAGUCGAGACUCUUGGAGCAACGAUCCUGAUGUGACGCCGAGCGUUGAAGAAAUCCGCUGCUGGGGCGAUUCAUUCGAUCGGCUGAUGAAGAGUUCCAUGGGACGGGUGGUGUUCCGUGAGUUUCUCAAGUGCGAGUACAGCGAGGAAAACAUUUUGUUCUGGCUGGCGUGUGAGGACCUCAAAAAGGACAACAAUCCAGAAGUGGUUGAAGAGAAGGCCAGACUUAUCUACGAGGACUACAUCUCCAUCCUAUCACCCAAAGAGGUCAGCCUGGAUUCGCGGGUACGCGAAAUCGUCAAUCGAAAUAUGGUCGAUCCUACACCGCACACGUUUGAUGAGGCCCAGCUGCAGAUCUACACUCUGAUGCACCGAGACUCAUAUCCGCGUUUCGUCAAUUCGACUUACUAUAAGAAACUAGCCCAGUUAAGCAGUACCAGCAGGAAGGAGAGCUCCGCUUGAAGGUCCGCCAAUGGGGGAGGUCGAUUAACGAAUUUUGAAGAAAACACGUAAAAGAAUAUCUAACGAUAAAAGACCAACCAACUCCAACCCCAUACAGACAAACAUGCACACGCUGAAAGAAAAAAAAAAAAAAUGCAAACCACACCAGAUAAAAAAAAAAAGAAAGAAAAACGAUAAAAAUUUAUUAUAUAGACGAGAGGGAAAAGCCGAAAGUCGAACGAGCAUCAAAGGCCAAAGUGAAACGAAGAAGAAGGGCUGGUCGGUUUGGUGAACGGAAAAGGACGUCAAGUAUGAAAGAUAUACCGCCUAGCAAAACAUGGACGAAUGAUCAAGCAGCGAAAGUCUAUCUGCCUGCCCGCCGAAAGUACGAUGAAGAAAUAGGCCAAGUUUGUUCAUUCUCCUCUUCUAGACGACGGCCGUGGAGGCGGUCGGGACGAUCGACUGCUGCCGACGCCCACGCCACAUUAAGUUGAUUUAUUAUAGGAGGACGUUGAGGGGCCAGAAGAAGGAGGAAAUGAUGUAGAAAGGGGGGGAGGGGGGUGGUUGUAAGAAGUUCAUCUUGUCGAGGUUGGCGAGUUGCCCGGCAGGCUAUCGAAGAGAAUAGCGCGUGCGCACGCGCGGCUAAACGCGAGGCAGGCAAUCGUCCAAAACGAAAAUCUCCUUCUUCUCUUUUACAGGCACCGAUUUUUUCCACCUCCUCCGUCUCGUGACGUCGCCAACAAACCGUUGUCGUCGCCUUCUUAUUCCUUUGCCUAUUGGAGUAGUAAAUCCUCCUCUCGUCCUUCUUCAUCUCUCUCCCCCGCUGGCGCACCAUUUUCAAACGAAAUCGAAAUCAAAGAGCAAAAAACAUAUAGGACGCUAUUGGGAACGAACGGAGAUGGGUCGAUUGCUUCCUAGAUAAAUUUUUUUUUUUUUCUUUCUCUCUUUCUCUUGCUAUGGUCUUAAGAUAAGAAAGCAGAUUUGGGUGUGGAAAUUAAAAAGAAAAACUAAAGGGAAAGAAAAAAAGGUGCACAAAUAUUUUCUUCCUUUGUUCUCUACUGUUUUCUGGCUCAUUUUCUUCUUCUCUCUUCUCCCUUACGCUCUCAAACUCACUGAAUUAAAAAAAAUAAAAAAAAAUCUCAUUGGUGACGUGGAGAUGGACUCGAUAAACGAUGGCACAGCUAUUACGCACCGAGCGGUUAAGAAAAUAGUCGCAACUCUUUGAUCUCAAUUCUUUUUUCUAUUUUGAUACGCAAUGUUUUAUACGGUUUUAUAUGAUCGGAAGCCAAACACAAAGCAAACGAAACACGAAAUCCCUCCUUUUCCCUACCAUUCGUACGUUGAAAGAACAAAACUAUACGACACGCCAUCUGACCCACGUUUUUAUGGAUAACUCUUGUUCUCUAGUUAUCUCAUUUAUCGAGGAAAUUUGAACGAACCUGCACCACCAUGUAGUAACAAUCCACCUUCUAAUAGUUAAGGCCACCCAUACGGGAUUUCUAGUUAAACGGUUAUUCAAAUUCAAAUUGUUGCGCUAAAAGCACUUUGAUUCCGUUUUAUCUAAAUUUUGCAUAAUUAACAGAGAGGUAAAUAUUUUAUUCGAAAUCUUAAUAAAGUUAUAAUAGGUUAGAUUUCAUCGAAUUCUAAGCCAAAACUUUUAAGCCCGGUUUAUUGCACAAAAAGUCGGGCUUAUAAUUGGGCUUAUUUUUUGUUUUUUUUUUGAAGGUCUCAAAUUCGGCUUCUCAAGUGGGUGGUGCCUUAAUUACUGGAAGGUUAGACUGUCACUAGAAGGUAGUGCAGGAUCUCUAUAAAAUUACCGAACUAAUUGGUAACCCAGAGAACAAGGUUUGUCAAUAAAAAAGUGGGUCAAAUGGCGUUCCGUAACAAACAGGUAACACACAGCUAACAAACUAAAAUUUAGAAAACAAGAACAAAACAAACAAGACGAAAGAAAACACGUUUCAUUACCAAUCAAACAAACGUAGCAAAAGUCUAGUCCAAGGAAAGAACCUAUGCCCCUUCUGUUGACGGACGGACGGAUGAAUCGUUUUAUCUUGAUAGGACACGGCCUGAUUUUUGUGAAAAGCUAACGAAUCUGUACACCCCAACCCCCACCAUCACAGUUAAAGAUUUCCUCACAAGUCAACAUUUUGAAAUGAUUAUACGAUAAAUUUUUUAUUUGUAUGUGCAUUAGGAAACGAUGCUCGUCUUUCCCCGGUGUUUCAUGCGAGCACGGCUCCGUGAUUCUCUUCUUUCAGCUAAAAUAAAAUCAGUUGAUUAAUCAACACAAUAGUCCCCUCAUGCACAUCAGCCGUGUGUACACGAUGAUCCAUGAAAUCCAGUCCGUCAGUCAACGGAUUUUGCUGGGCAAGUGUUGUUGCCGACGAAAGGCGUAGAUAGUCAAGGAAAACUCUCGUCACUCCAAAUUCAUUUUUCGUACACGCACGCACUCACGCACAAAACAAAUACAUAAACAAAAACUCCCAAACUAUCUAUCGCAUGAAGGUCUUUUUUUUUAUUGUUAUGAUUUUGAAGUGAAUAAGAAUGUAAUGUACUGUCUCAAAUGAUGAAAAAAAAAAACUUUGGAAAAACAAAAAUAAUUUCUAAACAAAUAAACUUUAGGAAAAGAUAAUUUAUGAAUUGAACCGCUUCGAUGUAGCGCGUGUUCACCAUGAGUCGUUGACGACUUCUCAUUUGUUUUGAUUUCUUUUUGUUUUUUGACAUUUCCUUGUUCGCUGUUUGUUCGAUCUUUGUUUUCAUAUGCGACUGCAAUUUUUCAGUCGAAAUCUUUCUAUUGGCAUAUGAUAGUGAAUUAGACGAAUGAUCGACUGCGUGCGUUUGUCCAUGUAUAAUGUACUGUAAAAAUGAAAUCAACAAGAAAAAAGCAAAAAAAAAAAAAAAGACACAUAAAAACAAACAAUACCAGCCACAAUUUAGACGACCAUGAUCUGAAAGUGCUCAUCCGUAGAGCGUAUGUUCUUUCAUUAAAUUUACUGUGAGUUAUUACCCAAUCCACUGAAUGUUUCCCUAUAAUAAUUGUUUUUCUCUCGCCUGGUCUCCCCUUGUCCAGCGACAUCCCUAUUGGUGCACCUGUAUUGUUUGUUUUUGUCGGUAACUUUGAAAACUUUUUUCACGCCAUUUUUGUAUUUACGCUCAUCAGAGUGUUGAAGAGUUGUGUCCGUUUUCGACUUCCUUCGUCAUCAACUUCUUCUUCCUGCAUUCUCAUUCUCCAAGUUUCUUUUAAGUCCCACAAUCUUGCUCCUAAUCCGAAUCCGGCUCCUGUUUUUAAUGACAUGUAUCGAUGUAAAACCAAGAGAUAAAUCCUUGGGCGUUUCGAAAAGGAAAUCAAGUCUAGAAGUUAUCACCGUCUGUUCGACUUGCAUCGAACUCUACACAUUUUACAUCCUUUUUUAACCCUCCCUCUUCGCGUUUUAUUUUGAUUUCGUUUACAUUCACGAUGCGUGAAAACCAAAGAAGUGUCUAACCUAGUCAAAUGAUCUUUCUCUCAUCUUCGAGUGUAAUACCUGUAUCGCUGCUGUGUUCAACCUACUAAGAAAAAGAGCUAAAAAACAAACAAACAAAAAAACAAAACAAAACAAAACAAAAAAACAGACAAACAAA